GUGCAGCGCGAGGCAAGAUGGCGGCGGUUGUGGCGGCGGCGGCCGCUCGCGCCUUGUCGGCGGCGGCUGUGGCGGGCGGGCGGCGGGCGCUGCUGCUGCAGGAGGGCGGCGCCUCAGGCGGGCGGAGCUGCCGGCGGUGGAAGCGGCGAGGCGCCUGGGCGGUGCCCGGAAGAGCGCUGAGCGCGGGGGUCCCUCCUCAGGCGCCCCCUCAGGCGGUGGGGGUGGGGCUGACGGAGGCCGUCCUGAGGGACGCGGUCAAGCAGCGGCAGCAGCAGCAGCAGCAGCAGGUGAGGCCAGUGGGCGGGGCGAGGAGGGGCCCCGGAUGAGGGGGGCUCGUGACGUCGGCUGCUCCCGCCCCCCCCCCCCGGGAGACCCUGGGGGAGAGCAGCCUGCUGCUUCCUCAGUAUCAUGAUCAUCAUUAUCCUUGUUAUUAAUUAAAUUUAUAUACCGCCCUCUCAUCAUCAUCCGGGGCAUGGAUGAAUGCUCAAUAGCCAGGUUGUGCGGCUGACCUAAGCACAAUGCUACUUACUGACUGAACUAUAUCUCAGUUGCAUCCACAUAACAUAGACACAAGCCAGUGACAAACCUUAAACCACAGAGCCUAGGACUUGCCGAUCAGAAGGUCGGUGGUUUGAAUCCCCGCGACGGGGUGAGCUCCUGUUGCUCACUCCCAGCUCCUGCCAACCUAGCAGUUCGAAAGCACACUUGUUCAAGUAGAUAAAUAGGUACCACUCCGGCGGGAAGGUAAACGGCGUUUCCGUGCGCUGCUCUGGUUCGCCAGAAGCGGCUUAGUCAUGCUGGCCACAUGACCCGGAAGCUGUACGCCGGCUCCCUCGGCCGGUAAAGGUAACAUCAAGGUAACAUUCAACCAUCAUGAUAAUAGUUAUGGAAUUAUAUUAAAUAUCAGCAUAUGAAAAUUAAACAGAAACCCACCCUUAACAAUUGCAAUAAAUAAUUUCUAAACUACAGUCAGUAGAACAACAGCAAGCCACAGUGCAUAAAAUAAUACAGCACAAAUUGAGGAGUGGAGGGUGGAGGGUGGGCCAAGGCAGGUGGAAGAAGGCCUUGCUUGACAAAGUCUCUACCCUCACAGUCCACAGAUCUCAGGGCGUUUCACAAGAUGAAAUCACAAUACAGAAACAUGAAAUGCACCGUCACCCCCCCUAGUCUUCCCCUCCCCCAGGUCCUGUUAUUAUUUGUUAAAUUUACAUAUCUCCCUUCAUUAGUAUGUCAAGAGAGUCCUGUAAAGCAGGUUUCCUCAACCUUGGGCCUCCAGAUGUUUUUGGCCUACAACUCCCAUGAUCCUUAGCUAGCAGGUGCAGUGGUCAGGGAUGAUGGGAAUUGUAGUCUCAAAAACAUCUGGAGGUCCAAGGUUGAGGAAGCCUGCUGUAAAGCACCUUAAGGCCGACUGGUUUGUUUAUGGAAUGAGGUUUCAUGGACCAGAGUUCAUUUUGACAGCAGGGUAGAUGUUCUGAGACUCAGUUGUGUUUGCUGUAACAGACUUUAACAUGGCAAUCCUGUGGAAUUUUUCAGUAACGGUAAUUGUGACCUGUCAUCUCCUUAAUGAAAUCUUAGUUGACUUAAUGGGUUUUAGCUGAUUCAUCUUUCUUUGGAUAAGCAUUCAAACCACAUUCAAGUGGUGGGCGGAAACAGAUGCAGAAGUGGUAGAGAAAGGGAUAUGACAUUUACCUUUGUACAUAGGCUGCAUCAGAUAUGCAAAACUCAGAGGGUUCUACAGACACGUGUUCACCUCCCCAUCCAGACAUGCAAGAAACAUUAUCAAAGUUUGUUUGUUAAAUUAUAUACAUUUAUGCCCUGGCCUUGGCUACUUAAACAGGAAAAAGAGGAUCCUGCAGUUUUGGGAAGCCAUUCAUUUCCAAAUGUGUCUGUUUCUCUCCCUAGUCAGCAGAAGGUGAAGAUGGAAAAAGUUCUGAUGAGCAGCAAGAGAAGAAGCAGAAGGAAAAUACUGCCUAUGCAAAGAAGAUGGUCCUCAGGAUAGCAGGGCUUAUGGGAGCUGGCAGUGGCGUAGCGAUUAUUUACAUCUUUGGUGAGUUUGCGUUCAUCCACUGAAAGGAAUGGUUUGUGCUUUAUGGUAUACUCUAGAAAUAAAAAAAAAUACAAUCUACGACCUUUUAAAUGUGCUUGCUUAUAUAAAUGAAUAUAUGUUACAUAUAUAUAAAAAUAAAUAUAUGUUGCGUUGAGACUGCAUCCCCAGUCCCAUUAUCAGUACUAUUGGGGGGGGGGGUUCCACCUCUUACUCACUUUGACAGGUGUCUUCCAGCUGAUUUGAAUUGUGGAAAUUCCUGGUUCAUGUUUCUGUUCUUUCAGUGAUGCAGCGUGGGUUGCAGGUUCUGUGGAUUUCAAGUUGGGGGGGGGGGGUUGUAUAGCCUUGCCAGGAGAGCAUUGCUCUCUGCUGUGAAGAGCUUGUGGCCUGGCUCUGUCUUCCCUGCCUGUAUAAGUGGCUGGUUGUCUGGUCAUGAAGACUUCUCACUGGGAGGGUUUGCUGACAAAAUACAGUUAACAAUUUCUGCUGCAAAUGCCCCCAAAUCUGAUUCUAGUUACUGUUGGAAGAUCCAGCAGUAAUUCCAUGGCUCCAAGGGUGGGGCGGGGGUGGAUUUAACAGUCAAAAAGCCUGUGCUGGUCAAUGCAAUACAGUGGUACCUCGGGUUACAUACACUUCAGGUUAUAUACGCUUCAGGUUACAGACUCCGCUAACCCAGAAAUAGAACUUUGCUUCAGGAUGAGAACAGAAAUCGGGCUCCGGCGGCAGCAGGAGGCCCCAUUAGCUAAAGUGGUGCUUCAGGUUAAGAACAGCUUCAGGUUAAGAACGGACCUCUGGAACGAAUUAAGUACUUAACCCGAGGUACCACUGUACAUGCAGGUCCCACUAUCUGAAAAUAUCAGCACAUAAAGAAUUACCAUAUUUUUUGCUCUAUAAGACUCACAGUAAGGGGAAAUGUGUGUGCGUCUUAUGAAACAAAUGCAGGCUGCACAGCUAUCCCAGAAGCCAGAACAGCAAGAGGGAUCACUGCUUUCUUGUUUUCCUCCUCCAAAACUAGGUGCGUCUUAUGGUCUGGUGCGUCUUACAGAGCGAAAAAUACAGUGCACACAAACCUUGCUAUACACUCUGCAGAUUCACUGGGGGGGGGGGGAGCUGAAGCUAGGACUGAGAGCAGCAACACCACCUCCUCCAGCACCUACUUCACUGACAAGAUCCAUUUACUCAGCCCCAGCAGCAGUGAUUGCCCUCUUCUUCAGCCUGGCUGGUUCUCUGCAGGCUGGGCUCCAACAUGCUCUCUCAGGCGCUUUCCACUCAGGGGCAGCGGCAGUGACAGCUCAGGGCUCAGAGGUGGCUUCUCUCUCGGCCUUGACCACGUCCCUGGCACCAGAGGAGGGAAGAGCAGCAGCUGCACCAGAGAAGGAGGCUCUGCCAUGUUGUUCAGGGAGGGGAUCCUGUCAGUGUAGAUACAUGGUAGGAAAAUGCCAGGCUAUCAGGAAGACACUGGGAUUUUCCCUAUAGAAAACAACAGAAAUGGUUGGCUCCUUAUGUGCCCACUUGCCUAACAAACAAUUUCUGAGAAACGCUUAACGUUCUUCAAACAGGGCCGGCGUGGAUAUAGUUUGACAUGUAAUUGGAGUAAUUGUGAUAGUCUCUUGUUUAUCUUGAGUUGAUCUCUAAUAGUGUCGGCAACAGAGGAGCUCCAGCUGCUGUAUGCAAAUCGAUAUUUCUUGCAGAAAGCAUGGGGCCCCUUAUUGGAUCACAACUGACAUAAGAGUUUGGUAACAGUGGAGAAUUCCCCACGGAAUCACUCUGAUACUUCCUGAAAUAUGAUCUGUGUUUUCAGAUGGUUAUCUCUCUCCUCUGACUGGUAAAUGAAGGACCUUAUUCCUCUCUUCUUCUGCUUGCCAGUAAGGUUACAAUAUUUUUAAAAAGUAAAAUCAGCUGUUCUUUUGAGACUGAAAUAUCAAACACCCUCUUAUUCUUACUGAAUUGGUAUUAUAUUUACUUCUUGGACAUUGUAACACACCAUUCUGUGAAAUGAUGCAAAGUGACCUGUUUUUUUUGUUGUUUUGUUUUUUGGUGGCAGGUAGCAAUUCGGUGGAUGAGCAUGGUGUCAAGGUAAGCUGUUUCUUUCCUGAGUCUUUGACUUGUUAGGUGUCUUCCGCUAGGGGUCACUGUGUGCUUGAAAUUUGCUGUGCAGUUGACUGCUGAAUGCUAUACAGUCAUACCUCAUGUUACGGAUGCUUCAGGUUACGUAUUUUCGGGUUGUGGGCAGUGGGAAACCCAGAAGUACCGGAACGGAUUACUUCCAGGUUUCGCCGCAUACGCAGAAGCGCUAAAUCGCUCUUUGCACAUGCACAGAAGUGCCGGUGCCUGGGCAGACGCGGCACUUCAGGAUGCGAACAUUGCGGGUUGCGGACGUGCCUCCAUCACGGAUUACGUCCAAAACCCAAGGUUCCACUGUCUCAAUCUUGUAACAGAGUGAAGGUGAAACUUGGCAACUGUUAAACUUAUUGCCUGCUAAGAACUGAACUUAUUACCUGCUAAGAACUGAGUAAAUAAGCAAGCUAUAGAAUAUUGGAGGCCAGCAGCAGGAUUCUGGUUGCCCCUCGUGUAGAAGAUGGGAGUAGUUUAUGUGCAGUUUUCAUGAGUGAUGGCAGUAAAGUGCGCUGCCAUUUCUAUAGCAUAUCUCAGCAUCCAAAGGAUUUACUGGUUGUCACGCUCUUUGAGAUCUGUGGAUCAAGGGUGGUUAAUAAUAAUAAUAAUAAUAAAUAAUAAUAGAAGAUUAGGCUGAGAGUUGCUUUUCCAAUGCCAUGCCUUUCGUGCCUAUAUCCAGCUUUAUUUAAGUUUAUGGCUCACCCUUUUUAUGAGUUUAAGGCAAUUUAAAAAAAGAGAAUCAAAAGAAUUGUAGAGUUGAAAGGGACCACGUUGUCAAAAGAAACAGCUAAAGGUAGUUUUAAAACUGUACUGAAAAGCAACUACAGUGGUACCUCAGGUUACAUACGCUUCAGGUUACAGACUCCGCUAACCCAGAAAUAGUGCUUCAGGUUAAGAACUUUGCUUCAGGAAGAGAACAGAAAUCAUGCUCCAGUGGCACGGCGGCAGCGGGAGGCCCCAUUAGCUAAAGUGGUGCUUCAGGUUAAGAACAGUUUCAGGUUAAGAACAGACCUCUGGAAUGAAUUAAGUAAUUAACCAGAGGUACCACUGUAAAUACAAGUUUUAAAAGCAAUACAGAAUGAGUGUCCAAGGCAGAAACCUUUUAAUCCAUCCAGAAAAGCUUGCCCAAAUAUACACGUCUUUCUUUGUUUCCGGAAGCGUUUUAACCAUUGUAGCGUGCUGGGAAAUGGCAAGAACCCUCCAGGCUACAAAUCAACAACUGGACCCCUCAGGUGGGGCAGGUGGCCCUCAUAGUUUUCAGCUCAGAAAUCAAGUGAGAGGUAUAGAGCAAGACAUGGACUCGCAGCCCUUAAGGGCAUCCUGGAAGGCCUUCCGCCUCGUUCUCCCCAGCUCCUUAUGGCUCUCCAGUAAACUCAUUGCUGACAAGAAGGGCUCAGCCUGGAACACGUAACUCUUUAGACGUAACACAUAACACUGCUUGGGGGGCAGGUCUGCCGGGAAGUGAUGUAUUUAAUUUUAAAUAUUUACAGCAUUUAUAUACUGCGCAGUUCCCAGGAUGCUUUACUAUACAAAGUACAACAAGCAUCAUUCUAAAACAGAGUAAAACCAGAAGCAGAGUAAAUCAAGGUUCAAAACUUGCAGUGGAAUAGCAACCGUAUUGUUGUUGUUGUUUAGUCGUGUCCGCCUCUUCAUGCCCCCCUGGACCAGAGCACUCCAGGCACUCCUGUCUUCCACUGCCUCCCGCAGUUUGGUCAAACUCAUGCUGGUAGCUUCGAGAACACUGUCCCACCAUCUCGUCCUCUGCCGUCCCCUUCUCCUUGUGCCCUCCAUCUUUCCCAACAUCAGGGUCCUUUCCAGGGAGUCUUCUCUUCUCAUGAGGUGGCCAAAGUCUCGGAGCCUCAGCUUCAGGGUCUGUCCUUCCAUUGAGCACUCAGGGCUGAUUUCCUUCAGAAUGGAUAAAAUACCUUAAAAGCACACACACACGAACUCAAGCUUGAAAAGCCUGGGGAAAUGAGGCCGCAACCUAGAUGGAGAGGUCAUUCCAUCGCUUCUGUGGCGUUUGCUGAAAUAGCCAGAUCUCUAGUAGUCACCCACUAAACCUCAUUUGAUGAAGGCACCCAAACAAAACCCUCAGAAGAUAUUAAGGUAGUUAUAUAUAUGGAAGGAGGCAAUCCAGGAAGUAACCCAGCCCCAAGAUGAUUAGAGUUUUAAAGGCUAAUACCACUAGCAUGAGGGACACGGGUGGUGCAGUGGGUUAAACCACGGAGCCUAGUACUUGCCGAUCAGAAGGUCGGCGGUUCGAAUCCCCGCGACGGGGUGAGCUCCCAUUGCUCAGUCCCUGCUCCUGCCCACCUAGCAGUUCGAAAGCACGUCAAAGUGCAAGUAGAUAAAUAGGUACCGCUCCAGCGGGAAGGUAAACGGCGUUUCCGUGCGCUGCUCUGGUUUCAUCAGAAGCGGCUUCGUCAUGCUGGCUACAUGACCCGGAAGCUGUACGCCGGCUCCCUCAGCCAGUAAAGCGAGAUGAGCACCGCAACCCCAGAGUCCGUGACUGGACCUGAUGGUCAGGAGUCCCUUUACCUUUACUUUUUACCGCUAGCAUAAUGAAAAGGGUCAUAGCUUAAAGUUAGAACACAUUCCUUGAAUGCAGACGAUUCCAGGUUCGAUCACCAGGUAGGCCUGGGAAAGAUCCCCCCACCUGCUCCCAGUCCGUGUAGAUAAUACCGCACUGCUGAUCUGUCUCAUUAUUAGGCAACUUCCUAUGUUGGUCUGGGCCUGGAAAUGGAUUGGAAGCCAAGGUAGAUGGUAAAGAACUGGACUGGAUGUGAUUUGAUCAUAUCAUAUCAACCAGCUCCACUUAACAAUCCUGUUGCUCUACUCUUGACCAGUUGAGGUUUCUAGACUGCUUUCAGAGGUGAUCCAGCAGAUAUAAUGCAUUUCAUUAAGCCAAAGGGUUGCAGCGGGUUGAUAAAAGACUUUCCCAAGCCUCCAAGACCACUUCAGUUUCUGGCACCAGCGCUUCUGCACUCCCAGUUACUUUUCUCUCCUUCCUGGUAUUGUCACCUGCCCCCUGCAACGUACCUUUCCCGCCACUCAUUCUGAAAUGUCUCUUGCCACUCCAGGCUCUCUCACUUGGGCCGGCUCUGAUCCUGAACAAACGAUACGAGCAAACCAGGCAAGCCUAACUUUGAGCAAAGCGAACAUAUGUUUCUUCAUUAAGCACAGGAUAUAAGCUAGCCUGAGCCAAGUCCCCACCUUUCCCAAGUCCCUUUUAUGCCACCAAAAAAAGACGUGGGUGGUUGUUUCCUGUUCCACUAUGACUCAGCCCUGAGACCAGCAAGAGGCUGUGGGGAGAAGUCUGAGGCCAGGUUCCCAUAAAUGCUUUGUGGUCCUCAUUGUAGCAGGCACAUGUUGCCAUGGAUGUGUGAAUGGGCCUUGCUGGUGGGAGUUUGUGCUACCUGUUGUCCUGGGAGCUUGAGCUGGGUAGCUCUGCAUAUUCAACUGUGGCUUUUACUGGCUCCCUUUGCUCCCUAACGCAUCCCUUUGGAAACGAUUGCCUUAAUUGGGCUAAUUGAUGAAAAACCUCCUGCUACAGCCCAUUUGUGGGUUUAUUACAGGUCUCCUCUGAGAUUUCGCUGCUGGUGAGAGGAGCGGGAACGUAGGCAAAACACUUCUUUCCUGGUCUGCUUCCUUCAUCUCUUGUAGGAGUCUGGAUGGGAAAAUCUUAGUGUAUAAAGUUCACUGCAAUUUUCUGUAUACUUCUGGGUUUAAUUGCUUGUUACUGAAAUAAUACAGUGUUGGUGUACACCUGGAGCAAAGCAAGGUUAUUGCACAACAGCUAUACCUGCUUCAGAUGGUGGUUAAGGAUUACAGCAUUAUCUGUCUGAAGGACCCCGUUCCAUGGGCCUCUUUUUUUGUAGCCCCCACCCCUUUAACAUGACCGGCCAGUAAGUGGAUUCUUUUGGCAAGUGCAAUUAAUUUGGGUACCUUGAAUUCAAAUGUGUUUGUGGAGGUUACAGCUUUUUAACUGUUCAUUCUUACAUAAGUUUGCUCCGAAUGAAGCUUACUCCUAUGUAAGUGGGCAGGGCUUUUUGAAUUAAUGUAUUACAAAGCUUGGAAGUUAGGUUAGAGUUUGUUGGGGUUUUUUAAUCAAAACUUCUUAAUUAUUGGUGCUUUGUAAAAAUUGUGAUUCACCCUCCAUAGCUUUUCAUGUGGGGCGGAGGGGAGGAUAUCACUGCUUUCUACACUAGUACCCUUCUAUAACCAUUUCAGGGAGGCUGAUUAGGACUGUCUACUCUCUUUUGAUAUGCAGCACAAGCCUUGAGUGCUCUUGAGGGAAGGAGGUGUGAAGUGCUAGUGGCCUUGCAUGUCACAUACCCAAAUUAACUGUUUUGAACUGUGGGUAAGACUUCCUUAUUGCCUUUCUAUAACUGGGCAGCUUUUGAUGUUCAAGACAAAGCUGUCACUUCUCACUGUGCUGUAAACAGCCGCUAAAUUGCCUUGGGGAAGUUGCCUGCAAUAUUCCUUUGCAAAGAGUUGUCCCAGGUGAAUGGCCCUUCUUGCUUUCUUCCCUUCCCUCCACCUACCUCCUUCAGUUGGUGCUAACACGCUCCUUUCAUGCUUCCACAAAUUCCUUCUCACCUUUGCAGGCAGCAGGUCGGCUUAUUGCUGGCGCAUGCCAGCUUACUGCUUUUGAUCAUUUGUGCUAACAAGGGCCUUCCGGGCAUAAUUGCCCUCUUUUGCAGAGGUGCGUGUCAUAAGUGUGUGUGCUGGGGUGGGGGGAGUCUCAGAAUGCAAGGUUCUUUUGCCUAUGCCUUGUCUCUUCCCUUUCUAAGUGAAGAAAAGGAGUUGCUGCAUUUGCCUCUACGAUACGAUAAUCUUUAUUGCCAUUGUCCCAUACAGAACAACGAAAUUGAAAAAUCUACAUAAAACAUUCAAAACCCAACAAGCCUGCUAUCCCAGCUAUCCCAACCGGGUUAGCCCCCUAAAAACUCUGAUACCCCAUUUUUAAAUGCGAUAUACUCCCACAGAGACUACAUCCAAAUUGCAUUUGUAUAGAAACUGUUUCUCAGGCGGCUAGUCCUAGUCUUUAUAACCCUGUACCUUCUUCCAGAAGGCAGAAGCUGAAAGAGAUCAUUUCCGGGGUGUGCACUAUCCUGCGCAAUCUCUGCAGCUUUCUUAUGGCACCUGGAAGCAUAGAUUUGAUCCAAGGUGGGAAGAGUGCACCCAAUUAUUCUCUCCGCAGUCUUCACAACCCUGGACAGCAUUGUUUUUUCUUGAUGUUGUUGCUUGAUGUUGUCAGAGGACUUGAUCGUUGCUUUCAAAAGGGAAAGCCGUUUCAUGCGGUAGAUUGUGGCUCUUAGCCAUGAUACCUAAAUUUACCUUUCCUAUUCAGUGAAAUGUGCCUCUGAGCACCAGAGUCCCCAGAGGGCAGCUCGAUUCUCCUUGAACUCACGCUUUACACCCAGGCUUCCUGCAAAAUGUGGGCGAUGGCUGCUGGAGUAGAAUAAGCUGGAAAUAUGCACAGUUGUAAGUUUAUAGCAAAAUAUAUCCCCUUUAUAGGAAUGUCCGCAGGGAGCGUGGCAUCUGUCAAGCUGAUACAGGGGAUGCAGAGUUGAGGGUUUUCACAGCUGAAAUUUCUGUGGAGAUAUUGGGGGAUUGCCAUGCUUUGAAGUGGUUGUGCGCCUGCCUUUCUCAAAGGUAUUUGUGUCUUUCCCCUUACCUGCUGUUCUUGAGCCAUAAUAAAACCCCUUUGGUUUUGUUAAUAGCCCUUUUUAGGCUGCCUGUCGCAUUCAUGUGAACGGCCGCAAUGAGGCCGCCUGUGCUGGAGCAAAUGUGUCUUCUCCAAAGGCCUUGGCACACUUCACAGCUUCCUGCAAGUCGCAUGGCAUCACCUGGGUGCAAGAGGGUCUUCAGGGGGACCUGAUUUGUCUGGACAUCUUUGCCUAAGUGGCUGUAAAAUGGGGCUGGCCUUUGAUCUGCCUCUCUUUCCCACACUGUUCCUUUUCCUCCUUCUCUGGGAAGUGUGGAUUUGCAGAAGGCAGUUUCUUGAUCUUUUUUUUUUUUUUUAAUUACAAAUUUCCUUUGUCACUCUUCAAGCCUUCAUGUGCACAGCAUUGAUCUUCCAGCUUCUGGUUUUAAACAAAAUGCAAAACUAGGUUCAUUCUGGUGAGUUCCAAAAAUAUUUCAGCACGGAUAUCUUGAAAAAAGGCUUAUGGAUCCAGAUGAACCUUGGAAGGUGGGAAGCUUUGUGACAGUAGAGAAAAGAGGGAGCUAGAAGAUAGCACAUUUAGGUCCAGCAAGGAAGAAGAUGUAGAGAAAUUGAAAGCAGCUUCCUCUUAUGUCUUAUCACCAAGAUGCACAAUUGGAAAAAAAUCAGAACCUGGUCAACCCAUAUAUUUGUGCAUAUUGGAAUUGUACAUCUGACAGUUUGUUUGUUUUAAUUUUUGCACAUCUCUUAGGGCUAGAAGAACUUCUUAGCUCUCGGCAGCUUAAAAGUUGGAGACUUGCACCGAGGGGCUUGGAUUAGUUUGUUCACAGUGUUUUGAACUACUUGGUCCUAACAGCUGCUAAACAUUUUGGAGCUGAUGUUUAAGAAGUUAAUAUCUUCUCCAAGGAUGUCUUAUGAACAUCAGGUAGAAAAGAGGCCCUUUUUGUUAACCACGUGUACGUGUCCUGGUGUGUAUUUGACCCUGGUGUCUGUGGUGUGUGCUUUUCCGGAUCUAACCCUCAAGGUGGCACUGUUGAACUUUCAAACUGAACUGGUUUUGAGAUUCCUAUGGAAAGUGUUUGGUUGUAGAAACAUCCACAGAGAGCUGAAAUUCAGAUUCACCUAAUUGCUGAGACUGGUUAACCCAGGGAACAAAAUACCGAUCUGAAUGCUUUUUGCUGGCUGAUGCACCCCAGUCUGUGUAAUGCAGGUAUCCCAUCUGCUGCUUCUCUGGGUCAGUUUGGAUGGCUGCAGUGUGAUAGCAUCCUGCACUCCCCCUCUCUCUCUCGUUCUUCUUUGCUUGUCUGGCCUCCUGUAUACUCACAGAGGCACUUUUUACAUUCUGUCUCCGUUUUCUUUUGAGGGAACCUGGAACCCCUGUCCCGAAAAGUAGAUGACAUGGGGAACAUCAGUCUAAAUGACUAGCACUAAACAACUUGAGCGUCACUCUUCAACAUAUAAUAAUCUGUUAGGUCAGUGCCUUUCAAACUGUGUUCUCCAACACUCUGCAGGUUUCUCAGAAGCAAAGGGGGAUCCUCAAUGUAGUCUAGUGUGUGAGCUUAUUUUGAAAGGCAGCUUGUCUGCCCCCUGCACAUUAUCUCUUGCAGUGAGCAGGCGCUCGGGGAGUGAUAUUAUAGAAAAACGGCCUUCCCGCAACUUGGUGCCCUCAAGAUGUUUUUGAUGACAACUCCCGCCAGCCCCAGAGAGCACUGGGAGUUGUAGUCCAAAACAUCAGAGGGGCACUGGGUUGGAGGAGGACAUUCUAGAUGGUUUCCUUGUGGGGUAUACUCACAAUUCAUGCAGGGAAACAUCGCAGCCAAAAGCCCUGGCCAGUCCUCUGUUUUUGCACCCUGGAACAUUUGCCAGAAUAUUCUGCGAGGCACAGGUGUUCCACAGCAGGCGUGCCAGGGGGCAUGUGCUCCCUGGAAGUGCAGGGGUUUGAAGUGCACUGACUUCGACAGACUUCGGUGAAUCCCUCAGCCUUUAUGAUCCCUCGAGUCUUCUUGGACUGAAACCAGUAUAGAGAUCUAUCUUCUAAAACCCAGCCAGACAAUGGUGCCCCUGGGGAUGCCAUCUGAAUUGGGGAGCUCCUUGACUUGGGCCAGCAAGUGCCAGGGUGCUCUUCAGUGUUUACAUGCCCAGUUGGCCUGACUUGGUAGCAAUGGUGGCAUUUGGUUAAGUACAAGAAAGAUGGGGCUUGGAGGGCCUCUGACAGCUGCCAGUUCUCUGCUUGCACCCAGUUGUCAGCGCCAGUUUCCUGCCCUGCCAAGCCAAUGUUCCACUGCCCUGUACAAAAGGGAGUUGGGAGAUUAGACACUGGAUUAGACUUGCUGUGUCUUAAAGUCCUUCGCCUUGCCAUUUCCCAGUUAUUUUACAUAAUCCCAAACACCGGAGGAAAGGCAAAACAAAGUGAUUCAUAAACUGUGUGUGUGUUCAGUGACUGACAGAAUUAGUUUCACCCAAGAGCGCUUACUGAUACCUUUCUCUGGACCUCUGCUCUGACAAGGACAGUCCCGGUAUAGUUACUUUGCAACGUAUCCACAAGGCCAAGAGCCGCCGUGACGUUGUCCAGAGCAGGUCAGUGCCGAAGACUUUGUGGGAUUGUCUUUGUGGGAAGACUUUCUGCAGCUUGAUUGACUAGAGGAAUGGAUCAUUGUUUUCGUAGCAGGGUCUUGCCCAUUUCAGGUCAGCAGCUGCUGGGCUUCUGCGCCUGUGUCUGCGAACAAUGAAAUCUUGCUUGCAGCCAUUCUGUUGUGGCUUUCAAGGACUCUGCAGCACUCAAAACAGCUGGUGCAUCGCUAUAGAGCCUUUCAAACUGGGCUGGGCUUGUCCAGUGAGUCGUCUUUGCCCUGUGCAUCAAUGAAAAUAUCUGUUACAAGUGUAAAAAAGAUUCAAAAUUUACAAUGUUACAAGUGUACAAAAAAGAUUCAAAAUUUGCAGGGCCUUAAUUUCAACCAGCACAGAACUUUGGCAACCUGGAAAACAAAGUCCUUCAGGCAGACAAAUCCAUGCAUGCAAAGCUUUGACCCAUUUAAGAAGACAGUCUCACUUGAUUUCCCCCCCCCCCUUUCUUUUCUCUCCCCCCCUUCCCCCACUGCUUUGAAGACUUACAUCCUGUUCAGAAUUUGGAUGUUUGCAGAUAACUUUGAAGCAGUGCUCAUCAAGCUAGAGUACAGAAGUAAGUUCAGAUUAAUAGAGAAAAUAAAGCAAUGAUGUAAUUUUGGCAUAAAUGCAGAGGGGAAAUCCCUGGAAUUUUUAAGGAACAGUAGAAACCAGUAUUGUAGUAGUAUCCAAGGCCCAGAACCAGAGAGCUACUUCAGAGGCAAACAGGAGUUUGAACAGACAUGAUAGGAGAUAUAGAUAGAUAGAUAGAUAGAUAGAUAGAUAGAUAGAUAGAUAGAAUAUGUAUAACAGCAGACACAUACACACGUCCCCCAGGUGUACCACAAACUGUUUCACAGGCUGUGCUUGUGUGAUGGUCAUGGGGCUGCUAAAAAUAUCCUUAGGCAUGUAGAACUGGUUGCAUUUCUUUGGAUCUUAAUCUGAUGUUUGCAAGUCUGAAUGGCUCCUUUCCAAAGAGGAAGUGGUCUUGUUUUCUACUGAGAGGUUAGCUCUAGGAAAGAAGAGAUGGAGAGAAUCAUAUCCUAUUAAUGCCUUCAACAGUAACAAAAGUUCAAAAUAUGGAUAUGUCUUGCUUAAAGACAUACCCACUCCCUGCUCCCUUAUUCUUCAGCAAGAGGGCAUGAAGGAGAAGUGAGCCCAUAGAACCUCUUGAGGGCAGAGGCUUUCUCAGUUGUGGGUGCCUCCCCAUCAUCCGUCAGACUCCUGGAAGGGAGCUGGGCAAGGCAAAAGCAGUUUUCGAGACUCAUGUUGAAUCAGGAUUACUAAAACAACUCCCUGCUAUAGUUACCCUUUGAAAAAUCUGUUGGCACUGUGAGCUUGAAAACUGUGAUUGAAAUGGGGUCUCAGGGGCUCUAUAGCAUCUAACCAUGGGGCACAUGAGGGUCAGGGGGAUUAGGGCAGUGUUUAUAGAAACAUGCUGUGUGGAGGUUGCUGAAGCCUCUUCAUUGAUUGCACAGCGCAGCUCUGUCCCUUGAUGCAGCCCCGCAGCUUAAAGGUGUGAGAACCAUUUGGCUGCAGCCCCAAAGCUCAAGUUACUUUGUCAAGCACAAAAUGGAAUAACCCCCAGCUCAAAAGUGGUAGCUGACUCCUAAAAGCAGAGGUGUCAGGUGUUGGGGAUAUGUUCCCCCAGUCAUGGCUGGUUGUGGUUAACGCAUAUAAGCACUCUGGACAUGCUCAUUGUUGCUUUCGACAUGGUAAGUGUAGUCUCUUGGCAUUGGGCUGAACUCUCACUAAUAGCUAUACUAUAGAUGCCUUUGUUUUUGCUGGGGUGUCUGUCACUGGUGGGGCCCAUCAGGAUGUGCCAAACCUGGACAAGGGACGAUUUGUGGUAACCUGGAGGAAGAAAAAUGGGUCAGAGCAGUUUCCUUUCCCCUGCGGCAUUUAACGCAUCAUUUUGCGUCACAGCUGGGCAAAAUUGCCAUUUAUUUAUUUCUUGCAUUUAUCUCCUAUCUCCAAAGAGCUUAAGGUGGCGUGCGUGGCUCUCCCCCUCCUCAAUUAAUCCCCACAUCAACCCUGUGAGGUAGGUUAGGUUGAGAGGGAGUGACUGGCCCAAGGCCACCCCGAGAACUUCGUGGCUGAGUGGGGGGAUUUGAACCCUGGUCUCCCAGGUCAUAGCCCAACCUUCUAACCACUACACGUGGCCUUAAAUCUGCAGUGUGGCAACGAUCCUGUUACUUGAGAUCACCAAAUACUCACCAAUUGCUGCCUGAAAAGAGUUAAGGGAUAUUUCUAAUGGAGAUAGCAAGUACGAAGAGGAAAGAGAUUGAGCGUCUGAUUUGUUUCUGUACCUUUCACACUAAUUUCAUUUGGUGCCAUUGGCCCCAUUGAGAUUCCAUUGGGAAGAGGCAUAUAAACUGAGAGGCUUUUUAUACCCUGCCUUUACACAAUAGCUCAGGGAAGCUCACACCAUUGAUCGAAACAGUUUGUAAGAGCUUUAUACAAUAGAAGAAGGACAUAGUCCUGUUCGAUGGAUAGCUGACUUCCAGAGCCGCUUGCUCAAUGCCACCUCCGGAAUCCGUGACAAAACCUCCAUUGCAUCAAAAUCCUGUUUCUUGUCUUCCUAGGGCAGCCUUUGCCAACUCUGGUGCCCUUUGGAUUACAACUUGCAUCAGCACCAGGAUGCAAGUCCAGACAGCUGGCAGGUGGCAAAGGCUGCCCUAGGCCAUCUUUGCGUAGGUGCAGCAGUGACAACUCCUGAACCCACGUUGUGGCUUCCACCAGCUCUGCAGAGCAAACACAGCCCCGCCCCCAGCCAUGUCAGUUCCUCUUGUUGUACCCAAGCGUUGUCUUGCUAAGCUUCCUCCGUGUCUGGGUCUCUACCGUAUCCUGCCUGUCCCUUUUAAAAAUAGGUCCCUGCUCCUGGAAGGGUGCUGUGGGUUAUGGGAAAUAAAUACACCCCCGCCACACACACACAAACCAACAAUAACCCAUGUUUUCUGUGUGUGCCACUCUUCCUUCCUGUUGCCCAUUUUGACCCUGCCUGUUUUCCACUGACCCGUCUGCAUUGGAGGAACAGCCAGCACGAAACCACUGUCCGCAGCUGCCACAUCCCUGAGGUAGUUGCUGCUCUGUAAACAUUUAAGGAAGGAAGGAAGCAAGUCAUGCCGCUGCUAUGCAGCCUCGUUCCAAGAGCAUUUUCACUGGUGAGAUUUGGCUGGCUUGUUGGAGACACCUGAGCAAUGCAUGCAUCCAUUCUGCUACAGAGCUCUAGCACAUGGGUAGGCAAACUAAGGCCCAGGGGCCGUAUCCGGCCCAAUAGCCUUCUCAAUCCGGCCCGUGGACCGUCUGGGAAUCAGCGUGUUUUUACAUGAGUAAAAUGUGCCCUUUUAUUUUAAAAUGCAUCUCUGGGUUAUUUGUGGAGCCUGCCUGGUGUUUUUACGUGAGUAGAAUAUGUCCUUUUAUUUAGAAUGCAUCUCUGGGUUAUUUGUGGGGCAUAGGAAUUCGUUCUUUCAUGUCCCCUACAAAAAAAUAUAGUCCGGCCUCCCACAAGGUCUGAAGGACAGUGGACUGGCCCCCUGCUGAAGUUUGCUGACCCCUGCGUCUAUCAUGUAAGAAUUGCCUCCCCAGAUCAAGCUAACAGUGGGGAGGCGUCAAGGAGGGUGGCCUUUCUGAAUGCCCAGCCUGGGCUGUCUUCACCCUUGACGAUUAUCUUGAUCUCUCAUGGCUCAUUGACCCUCAUAUUGCUCUGUGGUGAGAUAGAAGCCUUUCUCACUACAAUACCUCAAAGACCACCUCUCUCCAUACGAACCUACCCAGACCCUGCAAUCAUCAUUUGAGGCCCUUCUUCAUGUGCCCCCUCCACGAGGGGUCCAGAAGGUGGCAACGCUGGAAUGGGCCUUUCCUGUGGUGGCUCCCCAUUUGUGGAAUGCUUUCCCCAGGGAGGCUUGCCGUGGGCCUUCAUUACGUACAUUUAGCACCAGGUAAAAGCGUUCCUCUUCUCCUAGGCCUUUGGCUAAUUAAACAAUCUAUGGCCUUUUAAACUGGGGGGGGGGGAAUAUGGUUUUGCUUGUUAUUGUGCUAUGCAUUUUUGUAGUUUUAUACUGUAAACCAUCCUGUGAUCCUCAGGUGAAGGGUGUAUAUAAAUUAAAUGAAUAAAACGAAUGUAGACCAAGCAAGCCUAUAAAGAUACAUUUCCCAUUUCAAGGUUUUCUGGUGCCCAUCAAAGGUAAAAGGCAGCUGCCUGUUCCCAGGUGGGAAUUUGGAUCCUCCUGGUCCAGAAUCUUGAAUUGGUUGGGCUUCUCUGCCCAAUUUUCUUUUAUUGCUGAUAAAAUAGGAAUGCCCCGCGGGGCUCUUGCUUCACAGGGCUGAAGAAGCUGAAAUUAGUAAAACACUUGCAUGAAAAUCCUUCAGCUUUGCUUGCUUUCAGGAUAGGUAUGUUGCUGUGGUUUUUUAAAUUGUGUUUUAAGGCUGAUGUGUUUGCCUCCCCGGGCUCCUUUUGCGGGGGAAGAACAGAAUAUAAAUGUAAUAAGUAAACAAUAGAUGAAGCCCGAAAACUGUAAAAUGGUGUGGGUACAGCUGCUGGGGAGGUUUUAAGACAUAAAUGGCAAAAUAGUAACUGUAGCUGAGCCUUACUUAGGCUUGGUCAGAAUAAAUGAACUGCGAAAUAGGCGCACUCACAGGCUGUUUCCCCUCUGCUCUUGCCUUGUGACUUGAAACAUGCUGUGGAGUCAAAGGAAUUAUACUACCUUCUCUUUCUCUUUGCAGAUCCCCGAUGAGUUUGAUAACGGUGAGUAGGCAGACCAUCCUUCCUGCUUUUUAAAAGUCGCCUUGGUAUGUUGGAGUCACAGCAAGCUAGACAGAGGAGAACCCUUGCUGGUAGCACUGGAAGACUUGGGAAAGAGAUGUUGUACUAGGGGCCUUUCUGCUCCUCGGAAUACCUUAGUCAGCGCUUGGGCUUUUUGUGUUUUAAGAAUCCCGUGCUUUCAUCCCUACAAAUAUGCCAAUUCCCACCUCAGAUCUUGCAGUACAGAUGCCGUUUUGUGGCAGGUGUGUGAAUGUUCUCCACGUUUCAGUUGAAUUAUCUCCUGAAGUUUUUGUAAUGGCUAAUUAGUCAAACGUGGAACUGGAGCAGCUGAAAAGCUGUAAGAUUCAUGCUUACCUGACAACUAGUCCUUGUGGUACUUUCUCAGCACAGUGAUGAGCCCUCACUGUUUGUGUGGACCAGAUUUGAGUGCAUUUGAGAGUGAAACAGGUGCUCUGGUGGCUUCUAAGGCCUGCUAGGCAGCUUUCCAAGCGCUAAUAGAAGAGAACUUUGCGCAUGCUCUGGAUGGAAACUUGGAGAGCGUGUCAUUGAGGGCAGCCUUCCUCAGCCUGGUGACCUCCAGGCACUUUGUUGUUUCUUUCCCCCCAAUUUUUUUAAUUAAUUUAAUAAUAAUAAUAAUAAUUUAUACCCCACCCAUCUGGCUGAGUUUCCCCAGCCACUCUGGGUGGCUCCCAAUCAAGUGUUAAAAACAGUACAGCGUUAAAUAUUAAAAGCUUCCCUAAACAGGGCUGCCUUCAGAUGUCUUUUAAAGAUAGGAUAGCUGCUUAUUUCCUUGACAUCUGAUGGGAGGGCGUUCCACAGGGCGGGUGCCACUACCAAGAAGGCCCUCUGUCUGGUUCCCUGUAACCUCACUUCUCACAGGGAGGGAACCGCCAGAAGGCCCUCGGCGCUGGAUAACACAAACAGAAAAACAAACAAUACAAACAGAUUCUUGUCUUAUCCUUAUUUUUUCUAAACAUUGUUAAGUGAGCUUCCCCAAGUCCCCCCAUCUGAUUUUCAUUUUACCUCAUGUUUCUCAGUUUACAUAUAUCAUAAUUUUAACCAUUUUUUAUCACGCUUACUUUUACCAUAAGAAUCUUCACAUUUUAUCCCUUACAAAUAAUACUAUUUUAAAAAACACUAUCUUCUACUUCUAACCCUACAGCCUAUAUCCACUUCCAAAGCUAUUCUAAGUUUUAAAUAUUAGCAUAUUUUUUUCAAAUAUUCUUUAAACUUCUUCCAAUCUUCUUCCACCGCCUCUUCUCUCUGGUCAUGGAGUCUCCCAGUCAGUUCGGCAAGUUCCAUAUAGUCCAUCAUCUUCAUCUGCAGACCUCCAGGCACUUUGAACUCCCCUUAGCCCCACCUAGCAAGGUCCGUGUUUGGGGCGUGACGGGAACUGUAGUCCCAGCAACAUCUCCAGAGCACCAAGUUGGAGAAGUCUGAAGUAUCCUGUGUUGCAGCCUGACCUUAAAGCUGCACAGAACAAAGGUCAAAAACACUAGAAUGGGGGAAAGGGCCACCGUUCUUAGUUCUCAGUGGUUUUACAUUAAAGCUGCUGUUUGACCCAUGUGCAAUUUGGGACAUGAUAGCAUUUCGUACCUUGUGUGCAUCAAUAGACGUUCCCUGCUCAGGCACCUUCUUCGCAGCUCAAGGCACAUCUGAUAAAAGCCUGAGCCUGUCUUUAGCGUUUUAAAUUUGUGCUGCCAGCUAGCCAAGCGCCUUCCGACACUUCAGUAUUUAAGCAGCUGAGAAGUCUGGUGGGCAGGCUGGGGGGAGAGAUGCAAUGCCCCAGAAGUUAAGCUAUAAAUAUGUUAAUUCCUUGCUGUGUAAAACCGGAGAGUAAGGGAACAGCAACAGGCGUGACCUGCUCACCCACCCUCCUCUUUACAGGGGGGGGAAAUUAAAACCCCACCUAACACUUCCAGGAAUAACCAGAAUUGCUUUACAUUUCUAAUUGGACGGGUGAAAGGUUUGGGGAGGAGGCUUUUUUCUGCGGCUGCCUUGAGAGCAGAUGUACCGGUGCAUAAACAGCACGCCUGCCCCUUGUCGAGAACAGAAGGUCAGGCGGAACUUGUGCCAGGCGGGGGGAGAGUUCACAAUGCUUCUGCUGCGCCCCACAGACACCCAACACACACACACCCCCCGUGCCCGUUCUUGGGGGCUGCUGGAGGCAAAGAGCAGUCACUGAGGUUACGAUGCGAAUGAAUGGCGAGACGGGGAGCCUUUGGGGCAGGGGAGAGGGGGGUGCGAGUGUGUGCUCGCCUGUCCCCCGGGGCAAGGCAAAACCAUAGGCAUUCCAGAUGUCCUCUUUAGCUAUUCCGCUUUUGAAGAGAGAGGGGCAGGUGGAGAGGCAGAUUUCAAGACAGAAUCCUGUGGGGAGCGAGAGCUUUGGGUCAGACUCUGAAGCAGCUUCCACCAACCUGGCACCCAUCAGGUGUUUCAAACUCCCAUCCCUCUCAGCCAGAAUGACCAGCGGCCCAGAGCGAUGACCAGGGUUGUCCUCACAAAUACCUGGAGAGAAUCGGGUUUGCAGAGGCCUCUCCUUUUCCGUACCAUUGCAGAGCUGUCAACUUUCCCCCUUUUUUAAAGGGAAAUUCCUUUAUUCCGAGUAGGAUUCCUCGCAAGAAAAGGGAAAAGUUGACAGCUAUGCCAUUGGCAUGUCUUGGUUGCCUGAGAUUUUGCUUUGCAGCUGCCGGUUUGGCUGGGACGACACCCUUUGUGAGCCUCUGGCCCACGGGGCCCCCCAGACGCGAUUCUCUACUCAGAGUGCUUACUUUUGGCUGUUAACUUUGGGUGUCUCCGACGGUCCCGCUCCGCUGAGCAACCGUCUUCUUCCCAGCAUCCCCUCCCUGGUGCAUUUGCCAAAAAAUGCGCACUUUUGAGCUUGGUUUAGUGAGGACACUGUUGGGCUAUGUCCUGAAAUACUUGCACAUGAGUGGGGUCAUUUAUUUAUUAAUUUAUUUAACAGGCUUUCGUCGUCCAGGAGUUUCAAAAGCGAACAGAGGCUCUUGGGGGGGAGAGUCUGUACAAUAGAAGGCCAGAUGGAACUUAGCGCAGGGCGUUCAGAAAGCAGAUUGCCCAGUUAGGGGAACUUUUCCGAUAAAAUAUGUAGGAAGCCAGUAGGGAGGAGAGGGUGUUGUGGUUUUUUUGUGUUUUUUUGCCUGGGAUAGGAAGCUUCUUUCACCAGCUCCUUUCAGCCGGCCUGGCAUAUGCUCCCAGGAGAUUAGAAGGCAUUCUCCAGUCGUGGCCCCAUUGUUGCCCACAAUAGAUUUAUUAUUUCUCUUCCCCACCCCCACCCCCUCCUCACCCCGUUUACACUUCCCACCACUUUCCCUGCCGUCCAGAUUUUCAGCUAACUCCCCAACCUCAUCCACCCAUUGACAGAAAGUUGUACAGGUUCCUGUUGGCACGUUUUGUGUAAGCUGCUCUGUCCCGGUCCUUGCGCUGGGAGCACCGAAAUUGCUCUCUGCAACCCUCCUUCGCUCUCCUUGUGUCUUAUUUAACUGUCAGCUUACUUCCCCCUAAGGAAUCUUUAAAAGCUUAGAUUUUAAAAUGGCUCACCAUUCAUUGGGAGGUGUCUAACACAGUCUUCCCCAAACUUGGGUGUUUUGGGGUUUUUUACUACAGUUCCCAUCAUCCCUAGCUAGCAAGACCAGUGAUCGGGAUGAUGGGAAUCGUAGUCCAAAAAAAGAGCUGAAGACACCCAAGUUUGGGAAACGCUGUGCUAGCAUUUUACAGCAAAGAAUGGAAACAGCAGCCAGUAAAAUGGGCAGGUGAAAGCAAGAGCCCAGGUUUAAUAAACAGCAGCAGAAGCAGCGCAAGAAACAAAGCCAAACAUCUUUAAAAUCAAGGACGUUUGCGGAAAAGUGUCUUCGGCUUCCUUUGAAAAGACAGCAGGGAGGAGCUGGAUCUCAGAGAAAUUAAGGACUGCCAUACUGAAAGACCUGCUCCUUAUAGAUCCCUUAGCCCACCAGGUGUUGCUGAACUACAGCUCCCAUCAACCCCGUCAAACAUGACCAGUUGCCAAGGAUGAUGGGAGUUGUAGUUCAGCGGCAUCUGGAGGGCCAAAGGUAUAGUUUUUAAUGUUUGAUGUUUUAAUUUGUUGGAAACCACACAGAGUGGCUGGGCAGCAUAUACUACUACUUCUUCUUCUUCUUCUUCUUCUAAUAUUUUAUUUCCCACAUCUGUUGUUGGGGCUAAUGUACAUCAUAUGGAAGCCAAAGCAAAGCCUCUCCAGAAGCUCCCAAGGUGGAUGAGUGGGAGGAGAGCAUUCCUUGAGACAGAGAAAUCCAGUCUAUUAGAUAAUGUAAUAUAUGGUGCAAAAUGAUCUAAAUCAUGCUGCCCACCCCUAGUUAUCUAGCCUGUUUACAUAUACAGAGCUGGAAGACUGAGCCUGUCCUUUGUUGCAGCAAACCAGAUAUCAAAAGCUUUAGGGCAGGUUACAGUUUAUGUAAAUAAAUACCAAUUAUUUGAGCUUUGUCCUUGACCAGCGAAUGCCUGCCGGAAUUUUUAAGCUGGUUUCUAGAAAACAAAACUAAUGGCCUUAAUUUUUUUAUACCGUAACGUCGUAGGUUGCUAGAAAUGUGCAGACACUGAAGCAAGUGUUUGAAGCACAAGCGGCCGCUUGCUUUGAAAUCAGUCGACAACAUAGACUGUAUUAUUGUGGCCAGUUGCAUCUUUCUGUGGUGCGCGGAGCCUCCUCAAGUAAAGCCUUGUUUCUUCUCACAGGCUCUGUUGACCGAGUAAAGAGAUUGAUCUAAAAGUUGGAACAGAUUCUGGUGCAUCCAAGUUGGAUGAGCAUUAAUACCGGUUUAACUUCGUUCCUUCCCGUUGCAGCCAACUGUCUGAAAAUGAGGCGUUUCAGUCUGGCGGUGGCCAGCGGCAGCAGCCUCUCAGCCAAAUUCCACCAUAUAAGCCCCCGGCAGACACCUGAAUCCCUUUGGCCUGUGUGUUGGUGCAGCCAGUCAUCCUCCCCAGCUGCUCAGCUUGAAUUAUCAUGACAAUGGCUCCCAAAUUACGCCCCAUUCAAUGCGCCUGCCUUUGAUUGAUUAACUUACAGUUUCUGUUUGAAUAACCCUGGCGCUAAGAUGCUGAAGCUGUAAUCUCAGAGGGAUAGUUAACAGCGCUGGUGUGGGACUGUGGUCUCGGCUCACACGCUCUUUCUUCUUCAGCCUGACCUCUGCUUAAGUGAGCUGGUAAUUGAGGAAUCCAUUAGUAUUCUUUUGGAAGGACUGCAGGACUCCGCAUAUGUUCAAACUGCAUCAGAUGGCUUGGGGGGGGGCUGGGGGGGUGUUACAGAACAGGGAGCCCCGGCUAAGCUGCCAGCCACAGAGCCCUGCUUGGUUAAUACCCAUUCACAGAUAGAUUUAACUUUUGGCAGCCUUACGCUUACUAGCUGCUGCAGCAGCAACAGAAUCAUAGAAUUGCAGACUUGGACAGGACCCAAAGUGUCAUCUAGCUCAAUCCCCCUGCAAAGGCAAGAAUCACAGCUAAAUAUUACCUCUCUUGGUUCUGGGAACACUUUUCAGUCCGGGAGGGAGUUUUUUCUUCCCAGUGAUAAAUGAAACAACAAGCCAGCCUGAACAUAAACUGGCUUGAAACAGAUAUAACUGGAAUAGCUUAUCCAGCCCCCCCAAAGAUUCCCCAGGAAGUGUAGUUCUUGAUUUCUGAGGGAGCUGAGACUGUUUUGCUAGGUCCCCCUAGAUUCUCUGCCUGAAGCCUUGACAGUUAAAGCAGAAAGGCACACCUGCGUGAGUAAAGUCUACCAGCGCAGAGACACGCACCGUCCCUCCUUGACGAAAAAUCCCCUCCAAGUAUUUGGAGGGAAGAAACGAAGUUCAGACAUGUGCAGAGCAUAAAGUCAGGUGCCUUGACGUUCCUGCAAGGUGUUUCCCAUGGUUGACCCUGUUCUCUAAAUUGGCUUUCAGAUCCCGUAGUGAUCCAGCAGCUCCGAAGAUCAUACAAAUACUUUAAAGAUUACAGGCAGGUGAGUGAGCCUUCCGUUCCUGAUUCUCCCCGAAUCUGUUCCUGAUUCUCCCCAAACGUAAAAAUUGGCUUCCCCUAAGUGUCGGCCGGAGCUUUAUCCUAACUGGGUUUUUAAAAAGGUAAGUUGCUGUGCAGGCACUUCUAUGUCCCAAGAGUUCAGGCCCUCGGAUCCUUUAAGUUUAAAGCAAGUUCCUGGUUGUGGAGAAGCACAAGGAGACCUUAACACUCCUUUGCCAGGAUUAAGUGCCGUGACCAGAAGAAAAGCUGGUUUUGUUUUCUCCCGUUGAAACACCUGUUUGCAAAUGGGUGCUGCUACUCUGAAUUCUACGCAGCAGUUUUGUUGAUUUCAGCCCAGGGGCACCCAGAGCCUUUGUGUGCGUGUGCCAGUGGCUCUGAACUCUUUCUUCUGCCGGCUUUAUGCUCUGCAUUUAAGCCAAUGUCAUGGCUUAUUAUGGGUUUGUAUGUUGAAAACAGUUGUUGCUUUUCCACACACACACACACACACACACACACACACACAGCUCAGAACUUAUAAGUGACAUUUGAAGAUGGACUCCGGGCAUCUUAGUGAUGAGCUAGUUUUAUUUAAGCCAAGUCUUACACACAGGAAUGCAGGAAUCGCAGCUAAAGAACCCCUGACAGAUGUCCAUCCAGCCUCUGCUUAAAAAACAGAUCCCAGGUUCCAGUAGAGUGUGUUCCACUGUCAAACAGCUCUUCCCUACAGAAAGUUCUUUCUGAUGUUCAGUUGGAAUCUCCUUUCUUGUGAUUUGAAUCCAUUGGCUCAGUUUCUGCCCUCUUGAGCAGCAAACCCCCCCCAAAAAAACAACAACAAGCUUGCCCUUCAGAUAUCUGAAGAUGACUGUCAUAUCACCUCUCAGUCUUCUCUUCCCAAACGACCCUUGUGAGAUUGAAGUGUGUGCAGGUGGAUGGACUGGUUAAAAAAGGAAGCAAACCACCAGUCACCAAGCCUGACGGGCCUUGAGUUUUUUGUGACAGUAUCUGCAUGGCUUCUGUUCCUGGGUUAUUGCUUUGCUAUCAGCACCUCUGUGCCUCUUGCCGCUGCUGUGCGCUGAGAAUCCCAUCUGCCGCCAGGGUGAUAAAAUCGCUGGCCUGAAGUCUGCCAUUGCCAGCGUGCAAGCUGCUUUGAGCCCGACAGCUUUGCUUUGCUUGGGCGCUCAUGUUCCUUUUAAGGACCGUCGCCAGGCACAGCUGGGGGAGGGGGGGGAGUCCGCUCUACAAAGACUUUAUCCUUGUAGCAGCUGCAGGAACGCACCUUGGCUUUUCGGUCUGUCGGGAUACCGUGAAGACUGGCUUUAAAACGAACUGCAAAGUUUGAAGGUCUUUCCAAAGAAAAGAAGAAAACUUGCACUGUGUACUCUUGUGUUGUGUUUCUCCGCUUAAUUGAAAGAAGUAAUAAAAUGUACAGAUCAGCACAACUGUUUGGACAUAAUUGAAGCAGUCUGGAUCCAAUCCGAUCCUCAGUAUGCGGCUCCAGAAUAGCGGCUGCUGCUGCUGCUGUUAAUUAUUUCCUUCCUUUUUACCAGACCAGAACUGAAGGUGUCAUCAGAUAAUGAAAGAUUAUAGUUAGAAAGUAAUUAAACUCCAUUAGCUUUGGCUGGUAGCCCUACUGUGCCCCUAUGUCAGGGGUCCUCAAACUUUUUCAGCAGGGGGCCAGUCCACUGUCCCUCAAACCUUGUGGGGGGCCGGACUAUAGUUCGGGGGGGGGAAUGAAAGAGGGACAGUGAGUGGUGCGUAAAAGAGCUCCGGAGAGGGGCUGGCACCAACAGAGCCCAGCCCCCUUCCUCCUCUAGGCAGGGCAGGGAGAAGCCAGGAGGAGGGAGGGUGGUAAGAGCCGCCGCAGUGUGAGGGAGAGGGAAAGAACGUGUACUGGACGUGUUCCUGGACUGUCCGCGGGCCAGAUUUAGAAGUCACUUGGGCCUGAUCCAGCCCUUGGGCCUUAGUUUGCCUACCCAUGCCCUAUGUGGACAGAGACAGCCUAACUUCUGUCUCUUACGCUGUGGUAACCUCUAAGUUGGAUGCCCCGAAGGAAGGGUCUGUCCUCCACUCUUUUAACUGCUGCUGCUGCUCUUUGUUUGUGUCUCUUGCAGAUGAUCAUAGAGCCAACCAGUCCUAAGCUGCUUCCAGACCCCCUGAAGGAGCCCUAUUACCAGCCCCCUUACACUCUAGUCAUCGAACUCACAGAUGUUCUCCUUCAUCCGGAAUGGUCGGUGCGUAUCCAUCCUGGGGCAGCAUUUAGGGAGGUGUAGCAAACAUACUCGUUUCCCCCCACCCCACCUGAGUAUUACUUGGUCAGAUUAAGUGAUAUGGUAGCCUAUCCCUUGACGGACAGCACAGAGGACUGUUGCCUGCACUCCUGUUUGCAGUGCAGUAGCUGGGAUAUGCAGUAAGAGCUGCCUUAGUAUUUGGGGACGGGUCAUGGACUUUUCCUGAUCUCCUGCCAGCACUGAUCUGUGCUGGUUGGCAAGCGCUCUUUCUGUGCAGCUGGUUCUGUAUCUUUCUCCCAGGACUCUACUUUCUCGCCUCUUGUACCCCAACCGCCCUGACGCUGUUCUCCCUCCCUCCCUCAGUUAGUGACCGGCUGGCGCUUCAAGAAGAGACCAGGCAUUGACAACCUGUUCCAGCAGUUGGCGCCUCUCUUUGAAAUAGUCAUCUUCACCUCUGAAACAGGCAUGGUGAGUGCUCUCUCACUGCCCCCCCCCCCAAGGCAUGGCUUGGCUUCCUUAGUCCUGGAGCUACAGCAAGGCGGAGUCAGCUUCUGACCCUGGGACCCUGAUCCCAGGAAGCAAAGAUGGCUCUGCCUAGGCGGAAAUAUAGGUGUGCACCACUUUCCUCCUCCAGCGGCGUAUUCCCACACAAACCCUCUCUCCUCCGCUUUCGUGUGUGUUUUUGUGUGUGUUAAGGAGGGCUGCAGGGAUGCUUCUCUACCUGCAGCCACUCAGGGCAGGCUGGACAGCGGGAGAGCCUUGAAGGGGGUUGUAAGAAUGAAGGACUUAAAAGGGUUGUGGGAAUGUAAGAGCCCAGAGAAAGCACGUCAAGGCUGGAGCCCACACACACACACACACACACACACACACACACACACAAAUACUUACACAUACCUACAGGACCGCCUCUCCUGGUAUGUCCCACGGAGGACCUUACGGUCUUUAAACAAAAACAUCUUGGAGGUCCCAGGCCACAGGGAGGUUAGGCUGGCCUCAACCAGAGCCAGGGCCUUUUCGGCUGUGGCCCCGAUCUGGUGGAACGCUCUGUCACAAGAGACUAGGGCCCUGCGGGACUUGACAUCUUUCCGCAGGGCCUCCAAGACAGAGCUGUUCCAUCAGGUCUUUGGCCAAGGCACAGUCUGACCCCCUCCUUUGGUAAUUCUUCACAGAACUCUAGCGCAAUGGUUGCCAUCAAUUUGAUUCUGAACUGAUUUUAGAAUGAAUUGAUUUUAGAAUGAUGUAUUAUUUUAUUGUUGUUACCCGCUCUGAGCCCGGCUUUGGCUGGGGAGGGCGGGAUAUAAAUAACAUUUUGUUAUUAUUUUAUUUUUAUUCUUAUUAUAAAUCAUGCAAUCCGAGCACACUUGCCAUGUUUUGCUUUUGUUGGAUGUGGGGAAAGGACAUGAAAGCUCCACCCCAGACUGUUACCCAUCUUAUCUCAGGAACCAUAAACGCUAGAAGUUUGCUGUUUCGUUAAAAAAUAAAGAAACACUGGGCUUCUUGACAUCCUGAAUUCUGUGCCAAGUGCCACAUCCCACAUCUGCAUGGUGCAAGGGCUGGCAGGGGUCCACAGUUGGGGUUGGGGUCCCCAAAGCCUUCCAGCGGACUCAGGAAUUUGUGUCGUGUAGGAGAGGGCCGGCCUGCCUGCCUGUCUGCCCAGCACCUCCUGGGUCAGCCUCCUCCCUUCCACUUCUCCUUUCUCACGCUUGAGUGGCGGGAGGGGAGUCCCACAGGGGAGCGUGCCGCUGCUCAUUUGAAUAUGUAUGGGUCCAGCCGGACAGCCAUUCAGCCCAUUGAAUCCAGGCUAUUACUGUGCUAAUUGAGUGGGCCUGUCCUUGUGGGGAGAGAACAACAGCGCGGCCAGGAGACUUGUGGGCAGAAGACAAGGGAGCAGCCUGGCUUGUUUGCUCUUAGCACAUGGGAUUCUGUUAAACCCAGGUCUAAAGGGCUAUCUGCGUUCAGAGCUGUGGCUCCAGUGACAACGUGCGUUAAUCUGUGGUGCUUUGCAGUUUAACAACCACCUGACGACCCCUUCCUAAGAGAGUAGACGCAUUAAAGAGGGUGUUUUUUGGUAGCUGGUCCACGUUUAUGAAAUGCCUUCCAGGGAACGCCUAGCCUGAGCGUAUUUGGGAAGUGGUGCAGGCUUGUCCAGUUUUGGACCGGAUGUCAACAUCUGUCUGUCUCAAUGGGAGAGUGUGCCUUUUGGCAUGAAGUCAAACUCUCGGAAGGUUACAGCGCCUGCUGCAGCUGUGGAGACCGAUCCGGGAGAGACCUGUUUUGUUGCAGCUGAAUUUUAAGCGACAGCCCUGGCCUAUGAGGAGCCACAGCAAAGUCCGUUAGUGGCAGAGUGCCCCACAGCUGGCCAAGACCUGGGGCACAGGUUGGCACAGUAUCCCUCGGGGCGGUGAGACUUGUUCCUUUUGCUGGUGACAGCAAGAAUAGACAGGCCAGACCCUCGAGGCACAUUCUUUAUCACUGUGUGUGUAAUCAAGCUGUGUGUUUAUUUGGGAAAUAAAUGUGCCAGUACGGCCUCCUGAACCAGUAUAGUAAGCAGCUGAAUGGCACGAUGCAGAAAGCACCUUCACUCGCUCUUCCCACUGUUACAAAGACAGAGCCUGGAAAUGUUUUGGGCAUGUGAGGUGAUUCCGCUUUACCCUUCUCCAUUCCAGACCGCUUUCCCCCUCAUCGACAGCGUGGACCCUCACGGGUUCAUCUCCUACCGGCUUUUCCGCGAUGCCACGCGCUACAUGGAUGGGCACCACGUGAAGGUAUUUGCAGCCAGGCUUUCCCUGGGGGGUGGGGGGAGACGCCCAGCGGUGUUUGUGGCCUUGUGUGUUCAUGUGCACGUUUAUCUCUGGGUGGAGACAUCUGGAUGGCACCAGGUUGUGCUUGUCAUCCCUCUGGGGGAAAGUUACGUCUUUCACAACCAGGAUUUUGCUUUUUAUUCCUCCCCUCCCCCUGCAAGUGCACCUAAUACUUCCGGGAGGGUUUGCUCUUUAGCGAGCAUCGAUGAGAGGACCCGCUUCAAUUCCCAGACUGGAUCCCCCGGUGCCUCCUUUGAGAGCUGUGGCCAGUUCGGGGUGGGCUUGGGGCUUGGCGCUUGACGCAGAGCCCCACAGAGGAGAGCACCUGCGGGAUUUCUUUUCCCUUUUACCAGUUGCGUGCCGAGUGCUGGCUGAGCAUCUUGAUCUCGGCCUCCUCCGAUAUUGCCUUAAAAUCACUGAGAACGGGUGUGCUGCAAUCUUGACUCUUCACACUGCCACAGGUUUAAGUUCCAGAGGGGCUUAAUGCGCACGAAAAUCCACAGGAAUGCACUGCAAGGGAUUGAGACCUUUUGAACGUCCCGACGCUCCCGGUGGGCUCUGGCAAAGGGACGCUGGUCCUCCCUGUCUGCAUCUCCUUGCAGAGCGAUGUUAUGCAGCAGCAACCCGGGCCUCCCUUGCAACCCUGCCUCCACAGCUGUGUUUCGAACCCGUGGCCCCGCUACCCAGCCUAGGCGAGCACAAGGCUGGAGCAGCAGGUGCCCUCCUCGUGUUCCGCAAUGCGAGUUCCCCUGUGUCUGUGCUCCACAAUAGAGUGUGGAUGCCUUCUGUCUGUCCUCCUCCCUCCUUCCCUCCCUCCACCUCCCAUCUGCUGCCCCGGAGCCUGUGGGGUGUCUUUUUCACUCCAUGGCAUGUGCGCUUCUGAUUGUUGUGGAUUCUCUUUUCUUUCUAUUUUCCUAAGUGAAAGCGGGGCAGGGGUGGGGGGAGGAGGAGGGGGGAGGCAGGCAGGCAGGCAGAGGAAGGGGGCAAGGAGUUCUCUCCCCCCCACCUGCUCUGAGGAGCGGUUCUGAUGUUCCUCAGAGAUGGUAAAACUGCAGAAGGCUUGUACUGUAGCUGCAGCGUUGAAGACAGGGAAAGAGGAAAGAACGAUUCUAACGAGGGAGCCUUUGAUAUAGCAGGAACGCCCAUGUGAGUGAGGCGGGGGGGGUGGAGUAUUUAAUGGGACAGUCGAAAGAGGGAUGGCUUUCAUUCUUUCAAAGAAAAUAGUUUUGCAUUGCAAGGGAGAUUCAAAUCAGUUUCUCCCCGCCUCGCCCCGGAAGUUCCUUAUUUGGAAGCAAAUUCACAGCAAUCUUAACGUUAUUGUGACAGAAGGCAGGUCCUGUGCCUGUAUCGCAGAAACUGAUACUCGGAUUAAGAUUACGUAUUAAACUCAAGGUUCUGAAGCAGAACAUUGGGUGGCGGGGGAGGGGGCGGCAGGGAGGAAUCUUCACCAGGAAAUUCAAAGGCAGUUUCCAUUUCAAGCUCUCUUGAACCUCUCGGGGCCUUUGACCCAUUUCUCUCAUUGUCAAGUAGGCUAGGACAAUUGCACCUUGGAAAGUUUCUGCGUCUCUUGCAAUGUGCAGGCCCGUCCUGAAACGCCUGUUGAGUUUUUUGGGGGGAAGCCAGCCUUGUCUGCUGGUGACCUCUCCAGCCUGCCUCUGUGUCUUCCUCUCGCCAGGAUAUUUCCUGCCUGAACAGAGAUCCCUCGAAAGUGGUGGUGGUGGACUGCAAGAAGGAGGCGUUCCGCCUGCAGCCCUUCAACGGCAUGGCUCUGAAGAAGUGGGACGGGAAUUCGGACGACCGGACACUCUUCGACCUUGCCGCCUUCCUGAAGAGUAAGGAGACAUUCGCCCAAAAUAGAACCAUAGAAUUACGGGAUUGUAGAGUCCAUCUAGUCCAACCCCCUGCAGUGCAGGAAUCUCGGCUGAAGCAUCCAUGAUAGAUGGCCGUCCAACCUCUGCUUAGAAACCUCCAAGGAAGAAGAGCCCACAACCUCCUGGGGGAGAUGGUUCCACCGUCAAACAGCUCUUGAUGUUGGAAAAUUUUUCCUGAAGUUUAGUUGGAAUCUUCUUUCUUGUAACUUGACUCCAUUGGUUUGAGUCCUGCUCUUCAGAGCAGAAAACAAGCUUGUUCUCUCUUCCACGUGAACUAUCUAGUCCAGCCUUUCUCAACCUUGGGUUUCCAGAUGUCGUUGGACUACAGCUCCCAUCAUCCAUAGCCAGCAGGGGCAGCAGUCAGGGAUGUUGGGAGGGGUUUUCCAGCAACACCUGGGAACCCAAGGUUGAGAAAAGCUGGGCUCUAGGUCGUGGGACAACCCCAAAGCGUUUGUAGGAUCCUCAUCCCUGUCCAAGGGUAUUCAGUGAGUGCCUGCUCCUCAUAUCCAUGGCAGUGUCAGGGUGCAGAACUUCAAGGCCAGACAAUCUCCUGUUUCGAAACACAGCAAAUUUCUGACUCCUGCCGCUGCAGAGAGGAGCUGCAUGGCGUGUGGGCACUGCUGGGUGGAAUACAGGAAAACCAGGAGGAGACCCAUCUUCUGCCUUCUUCACUGCCAAGGCUGGGGCUGGGGAAAGGCUCCCUGCCUGAAACCCUGGAGCAGGGGUCAGCAAACGUUUUCAGCAGGGGGCCGCUCCACUGUCCCUCAGACCUUGUGGGGGGCCAGACUAUAUUUGGGGGGGGGGAGGAGGGAAUGAAGGAAUUCCUAUGCCCCACAAAUAACCCAGAGAUGCAUUUUUAAAUAAAAGGGCACAUUCUACUCAUGUAAAAACACGCUGAUUCCCGGACCGUCCGCGGACCGGAUUUAGAAGGCAAUUGGGCCAGAUCCGGGCCCCGGGCCUUAGUUUGCCUACCCAUGCCCUGGAGAGAGUAAACAGUCCUGAGCUAGAUGGAGCAAUGGUCUGACUCAGGGACAUAAGGAAGCUGCCCUCUACGGUGUCACUAAUACAUGAAAUGGGUACAUGAUCCAGGCUGAUUCUCCUUUAAUGCUUGUCGCCUCCUUCUUGCCUGGCAGCCAUUGCCUUGAGUGGCGUAGAAGACGUCCGGACCGUGCUGGAAAACUACUCCUUGGAAGAGGACCCACUGGAGGCAUUCAAGCGCAGGCAGUCACAGCUGGAACAGGUGAGGAGGAGUGCAGAGUCAGGGCUGGGGGCUUUGUCCUUGGGUGGGGGAGGCUGCUACUGCUUUGGUGAAGCCCUUAAACAUGGUCAGGAUGCUGGGGUUGCAGAGUCACCAUCCCAGUCGCUUCGUUGGGAAAUCCUGGUUUCCCUGCUUACUUUAGCUUACUUAGAAUGUUCUAAGCUCACUACCAUCUCGUAUGGUGAGGCCAGCCCAGUGGGCAAAAAUGCUGCUGGAGAAAGGCCCACACUCAAUACAGAUCUUAGGCCGAGUUUGGCUUUUGCAGAUAGUGGGGUCCCAGAAGAUUUUUUGCGUUUCACCGCCAUGUCUUGGUUGGUUCCUCCUUUUUCUCAAGGGACGGCAAGUGCCUCAGAGGAUCUGCGGAAUGCCUUCUCCACGCAUUGGCCUAGUUCAACCUCACAUUAAACCACAGUUUAAAGCAAACAAUGGUUUACUGUGACGUGAGCAGCAUGCUGGUGCAUGCAGCAAAAAAAAUAAUUCAUGCAGCUCUUCCCCUCCACUGCUGUGCUCCUGCAAACAAAACAAGCACCUGAGUCUGCCCUGCCAAGCCGUUCGAUCCUGGGCUUGCGGGUUGUUUUUCUCCAAACCCACCCUGGGCAAGCAACCAAGGUUUGCUGGUCAUCUGCACGAAGGCAGUUUAAAAACAAGUCUCUGGCCUAACGUGGCAGGUGAGCCAGGCUGCUGAGUUACUCUGCUAGCCUCCUUGACACGUCCACAUGCACGGGAAUGGGAUCGGCCGGGCUCGGGGCGGCAGCCUUCCUGGAUUCCUUGGUGGUGACCAGGCUCCCCUUUGUGUCGCCUGUCCUUUUGCUUCAGGAAGAGCAGCAACGCCUCUCUGACCUCUCCCAGCACAAGAAGCAGCAGCUCUUCCUGGGCUCCCUGGCAAGCCGGCUGUGGCCUCGCUCCAAGCAGCAGUGACGCCGGCGCCUUCGAGGGACAGCCACGCUGCCCGCAGAAACGGACUCCUCGGCCGCUCUGGAGGCGACAGCCACACCUGAGGGUGCGGCGCAGACUUUGCCCCCCAAAGCCAGGGGCUGCAAGUGCUGGCACCCUCCGUCUCACCCUUCCCUUAAUUUCCAGCAGCAGUAUCCCCACCGAGGCCUGGACCGCUGUGCGCAUGGACUGGGAUCUCUCUUUUUCCAGGGGAGGAACUCUUCUGGAGCAGCAGGAUUUGUGGUGGCCUGUUGAGCAGCCUCUCCUGUGCGCAGCCAAGGGAGUGAGCCUCGCCGUCCCAGCCAGGAAAGGGGGGAGGAUGGGGGGGCGCGCGCAGUGUUCUCCUAGAUCGCCUCCGGACCGGUGUCUCGCAUCCUGCUAUCAUGUUCCCUUCAGGCUCCAGGCCCUGCUGCUACUCUUCUGGGGCAAACAGAAAUGAAUGUUGCGUGUACUCUGAAAUAAAUGGCCAUCUUUCUAGCGAA